AUGGGAGUGUUUGUAACCAAUUCUCCGAACUGUAUGGAUGGGACAUCUGAUCUCAAUGAUACACUGAAAAAUUGCAUGGACUUUGGUAAUGCUACCAUAAUGAUACGGAAGAGUCCUCUACUGGAGACCGAUACUUCGCUAGCAAUAGGCUAUAUCGUCAUCAUGGCGACUGCUCUUUUGGUGGGAACUGUUGGAAACACCCUAAUACUCUUAGUCUCCACUGUCCUAAGAGGAAUCAACAAAUCCGGAAAAGAAUUCAUCAUUAACCUUGCACUCGCUGACUUCUGCGUCACAGCAGUGGCAGACCCGCUUUGCAUCAUCGGAGUUGCAAAAGGAGAGCAGUUUUUCGACGAUAAGAAAUGGAUGUGUGAGUUUGUUGCCAGUCUUUGUUUGACAGCUUGUUUCUGCGCGUUUCUCAGUCUGACUUUAUUGACGAUGUCACGUUAUAUCUAUUUAUACCACAAUCAUGUCUACGACAAAGUUUUUAAUCGAAUUUCCUGCAUUUUGUUUUGCAUUACCUGUUGGGUGGUCGCUUUCUUGUUCGAGUUUCCUAACUUUAUCGGGUGGGGUGGGCACUACUUUGACAAGAAAAACCAUCAAUGUAUCUGGGAUCGCACGGCGAGUUUGUCCUAUACAAUGUUUGUCUCAGUCGGUUUGAUUGGUGGACCGCUCAUCGUAAUGACUAUCUGUUAUAUUCUGAUUUUUCAACAAAUCUGGGAAACAAAACGCGAUAUCUACAAAUUGGAUACCGAAAACCCCUUGAGAAUGAGGAAGGCAUGGAGCGAAACUGUUCGUUCAUCGAAGACCUUAUUCUGCAUUUUUGUUGUCUUCGUUGUGUGUUGGACGCCGUACGCUAUAACCAUUGCCCUUGACGUCCAGGAUAAUCUUUCCACAGAAGUUCAUUUGUUUGUUACACUUCUGGCACAUUUGCACUCUAGCGUCAACUGCAUCAUAUACACCGUAGGGAACAAAAGGUUUCGAAUGGGAAUUCUUCGACUUUGCGGCUGCAAAUCUUCUUCCACGAAAUCUGGGUCGUCCAACCACGAGAUCGUCACCAAAAGAACCAGCAGUUCAUCAAACACACCUUCUGUGAACAGCGACACGUACACCCCGCAAAAACAGAAAUGCCAUCUUGAGGCAUCCUCUUUGAGUACCAUUUCUGGUUAUCUUACGUCAAAAUAA